CAGGGUUCCGUGAGAGCCGUUUGCCCCACCCCACCUCUUCUUCAACGCUAUCUAUCUCAAUGUGCAAUUCUCUGAGAAAAAAAGUAUCAUUCACAGCCUCCACAUCGUCAAGGAAACAUUGCGUGUCUACACCAACGCUUCCCGGCAACAGGCGCGACCCUUCGGCUUGUUCAAAAAUACAGCAACUGCUGUGUCUACGCUGGAUGAGGGCUUGAAAACACGGCGGUAGGUUCCAUGUCUGCUGCUUCACAUGUAAGCACCAUCCAUUAGGGACUACAAGGAUCAUACUACAAGACGGCCUGGAGGAUCUCCAUCCACAAACACCUGGACGUCGAGCUGCGUUCAAGGACACCCAGCUGCCUCAAAAACUGACAUAAAAACACUACCGAGGAUCUUUUCACACAAAUGACGAGAGGAAAAAGCACUGGGGAGAAGGGGCCUUUUUAAGGGGGUGGGGGGGUCUUGAUCUUUCAUUUUGUUAGCAUAAGGAAAGAAAAAGGGCACUUCAUCGACGAUUUCUCAGUGAAGCCGUUGUUUUGAGAGGAAAUAUAUCUUUUUUUUUUAAAUUCACCUACAAGCUUGAAAUGGAUCUAGCCAAGAUGGGCUCCGGUGGAUAUUAAGGAUAACAGAAGGUUUUCCAGAGGAGAGUUGCGUCUUCAUCCAUGUCCAUUUCACAUCCCCUGGUAGUAGAUGACUUCAUUGCGGAUUUACAGCCUGUGCUUCUCUCCUGACUUUCUUGUUGCCAGUAAAUAGCCACAUCUAUCCAUCAUCCAUCCAGCCAUCCAUACUGGGCCAGGAGCCUUCCACACCUCCGCCUCAUGUGCAUCCCUCACAUUCUGAGCCGGGUCUUCCACUCUUGGGCCCGUCUAGGAAUUUAGAUCCAUUCCCCCCCCCUCCCCUACCUCCCUUACCCCCUUUACCCACCCAAGUGACCACUCUUGAACCGACCAUCUUGGGAUUUUGUUUGUUUUUUUGGGGGAGGAAGAUGGGCUGUCUCGGCAACAGUAAGACGGAAGAUCAACGAAAUGAGGAGAAGGCCCAGAGGGAAGCCAACAAGAAGAUCGAGAAGCAGCUCCAAAAAGACAAACAGAUAUACCGGGCCACGCACCGGCUACUACUACUAGGUGCUGGCGAAUCUGGGAAAAGCACGAUAGUCAAGCAGAUGCGAAUAUUACACGUCAAUGGCUUCAAUGCAGAAGAAAAAAAGCAGAAAAUUCACGAUAUUAAAAACAACAUUAAAGAAGCUAUCGAGACCAUUGUGUCCGCCAUGAAUACGCUCACGCCGCCGUGCCAGUUAGCCUGCCCUGCUAACCAGCCCCGCAUCGACUAUGUCCAAAAUCAAAUCAACCAGAAGGAUUUCGAGUUUCCGUCGGAGUUUUAUGACCACGCAAAGACCCUCUGGCAGGACGAGGGUGUGCGGGCCUGCUGGGAAAGAUCCAACGAAUAUCAGCUCAUCGACUGUGCACAGUACUUCUUAGACCGGGUGGAUGUGGUUCGACAGCACGACUAUACACCAACAGACCAGGACCUGCUGAGAUGCAGAGUGCUGACAUCCGGCAUCUUUGAGACAAGAUUUCAAAUAGACAAAGUCAAUUUUCACAUGUUUGACGUCGGUGGGCAGAGGGAUGAGCGUCGAAAAUGGAUCCAGUGUUUUAACGACGUGACUGCUAUCAUUUUUGUGGUGGCGAGUAGCAGCUACAACAUGGUGAUCAGGGAGGACAAUCAGACCAACAGACUACAGGAGGCCCUCAAUCUCUUCAAGAACAUUUGGAACAACAGGUGGUUACGUACCAUUUCCGUAAUCCUCUUCCUUAACAAACAAGACCUCCUUGCUGAGAAGGUUUUGGCGGGGAAGUCCAAAAUCGAGGAUUAUUUUCCUGAGUUUGCACGCUACACAACACCUGAUGACGCAAUACCAGAGCCAGGUGAAGAUCCACGUGUCACCAGGGCAAAGUACUUCAUACGGGAUGAGUUUCUGAGGAUCAGCACAGCCAGCGGGGACGGCCGCCAUUACUGCUACCCCCACUUCACCUGUGCCGUGGACACGGAAAACAUCCGGCGGGUUUUCAGCGACUGCCGCGACAUCAUCCAGAGGAUGCACCUACGGCAGUACGAACUCUUGUGAUUUGGGGGGCUUCCUCCGCACCCUCCCAUCUUUUACACCCCCCAACCCCCAACCACUCAGCCAAUCAGCAUCCAUAUACAUUCACCAAGAAGAAGAUUAAGAAGACAUAACAUAGGAACGCCCACACUACAGUCACAUGACCCCUCCUGCUGUUUAUUCACCGCGUGCUGAAGACCAAUCAGGAGAAGAGGAUGUGAAAAAGAUGGAUAAUUAAAGCAGAAAAGCAGAAGAGUUUUUUUUUUGUUGUUGUUGCACGGGGAUGAACAGACGGCAACCCUACACAAUGCAAAAAAUGGAAUAUAUGUAUAUAUAUAUGUGUGUGUGUGUGUGUGUAUAUAUGUAUAUAUGUGUGUCUCUCUCCUCUCUGUCUCUCUGUCUCUAUCUUUCUCUCUCUCUGUAUAGCUAUAUAUAUAUAUAUAUAUAUAUAUAUAUAUAUAUAUAUAUAUACACACA